CGCACAGGGUGACUGUGGGCGCGUACUGCUACUGCAGACAGCCUUCUCGUGAAAUAUUGAUUUGAUUUAAAAAAAAAAAAAAACCGAGAUCAGUAAACAAACCCAUUUCAAGACGCGAAACGUUACCGUGAACCGAUCUGGGGUCUGCAACGGGGGGCCCCUCCGUCCGCCCCUUUGUAAAGUCGCGGUGAGUGAGACGCGAUUCUUAUUUGUCCUGCGCGAGAGGAGGGCGUUCCGGGGGAAUGAGGUAAUCUCGCGAAGGCUCCGAGGCAAUAUGGUCCAUUUCUAAUGGCGUUCGGAUGCGGCGAUCCACGUACGGGUUUGAACGAGGAUUCGGUGUCGAACCCUGCAGACACACUUUCUUCCUCUCUCGCCUCCGGCCGGGCCCCGCGGUUAGCCUUCCCGAAGCUGGGGAUGCUGCGUUGUAUCGCUGCCGGGGGAAAGGCGAAGGAGAAGGAGUAGCUCGGGAAGACAUGGACGCUAACCUUGCAGAGGGGAGUGUACGGACGUCGGAGAGUACUGCUUGCGUCGUCUGGGGCUGCCGCUUCUCCCUCUCGUAGCCCCCUUCCCAUCCCCUCCUUGGUGACUGGUAAAGUUUGCCCCUAUUCCUACAAUGGACCACACACACAUUGAUGGGGAAAUGUCACGCUUGUAUGUGCCAAGGAAGAGGAAAUCAGUUCAGUCCCAACCAAAAGGGGGUGUGCCAUGUCCAGUUGUUCAGCGAAUGCCGGAAAGAGCCUGUGAUUUGAAUGUGACUGAACACUCGAAGAAUGAUGUAUCUGAAGCCCAGGAUGCUCUAAAGAUGAAAAGAACUUAUGGUAGAAGAAGGUAUGACGACCUCCACAGCGUUUCCGUAGGAACGGCAGAAUACCCAACCACGAGCUGUUCUGUGAUGUCAUCUGGCAGCCUGUCCAAUGGGGCAGACCCAGGGUCCUUGGCCCCUCCCACUGCAAGGCUGCCUCCAAGGCUGGUAGCAAAGGAUGUCUGGCCUCAUGGCCCAGAAGCAGACAGGGAGAGAUCCCAGCCUCAGGAGCAACCCUGGAGCCCAAGCCGGGACAGAGGCUCUGAGCAGGCCUGGGCAACGGGCCGAGACAGACCCCAGGAGCAGGCUUGGAACUCAAACAGAAACAGAGGGGGGAACUCUGGUCAAGAGCAGACUUGGAUUCCAGCAAGAGAUAGGGGCCAUACUGGGCCAGAUCAAGCCUGGGCCACAAGUCGAGACAGAGGUCCCGAGCAAGCCUGGGCUACUGGUAGAGAGAGAGCCCAGGAUCAAGCGUGGAACCCGGGCAGGGAUUCAGGGAGAGAUAGGGCCCCGUCAGGGUCAGAGCAGGCGUGGAACACAGGCCGAAGCCAAGAUCAAGCCUGGAGCACCACUAGCAGAGACCGAGGGCAAGAUCAAGUCUGGAGGCCUGACUUGCCUGUGAAGAAGGUCCUAAGGGUGGAGAUAGAGCGAGCUCCGCCUGUUAUCAACUACCCUCAGGCUCCAGAAGGUAGAGACUCUGGCUCAGAUUCAGUCAGCUCUGAUGCCCCCCAAAGCAGCACAGAACCCAUCACGGACCAACCCAGCGAGGAUGUCAAGAUCCCAAUCAUCUCCACCAAGAAGGAACUUCCUGUUUACCCUCCAGGCAGUCCAGAAGAACGUUGGCAGCUCCAGAUUAUAGCCAAAGGCAGAGUCACCUGUCCCAAAUGCAAGAGUGUCAGCAGGAAGACUGUGGAGGGACUGAAGAAACAUAUGGAGAAUUGCCGACUGCAACCCUUUACCUGUCAACACUGUGGGAAACAACUCAAGUCAUCAACCGGGAUGAAGUACCACAUCAUGGCUGACCACAGCCACUUGCCCUCACCAGACGACGCUAGUGGCCUGGAUGACCGUGCCAUCAAAGACAAACUGCGCAAAAUUCUGAAGAGACUUGGCAAAUUAAAAUGUUCUAAAGAGGGUUGUAACGCGGGCUUCACCAGCAUCAUGGGAUACUUGUACCACAUGAAGAAGUGUGGGAAGGAAGAGUCUGAGCUGGAGAAGCUGCUGCUAAAUUGCUCUCACUGUGGGAAGGCCUACAAGUCGAAGGCUGGUCUUGAGUACCACCUCAGAUCAGAGCAUGCUCCCACACCCGAGCAGAAUGAGGAAGAGGAGGCCCUGAGGGCCCAGCGAGAGGCCAACCCUGAGAGAACAGCUAGCGGCAGAGUACAGCGGGCCUCAGCUCAGGUGGCCAACUUCCACCUGGCCGAGAUCGCCAACAAUGACCUGCCAAAGGACUGGCCCAAAAGGAAGUUCCAGUCUGACCUGGUGCCUGAUGACAAAAAGUUGAAAUACUCACGGCCGGGCCUGCCUGCUUUUAGCCAAGAGGUGCUCAGGAAGUGGAAGAAUGAGGUGAAACUGCAGAAGAAAGUCCAGUGCCCCAAUGAGGGCUGUGGCUGCACCUACACCAGUGUGUCUGGACUGAAGGCUCAUUUAGGACUCUGUACAAGGGGUGACUUUGAGGCAGGAAAAUACAGGUGUCUGAUCUGCAGCAAAGAGUUUAACUCAGAGAGUGGAGUGAAAUACCACAUCAAUUCUGUCCACUCACAGGAAUGGUUCGUGACGAACAAAAAAGCCUCCAAGAAGUUUGAAAAGUUCCUCAGGAGCCAGCCCAAGGAGUGUGUCCACAGUGUGGAUAAGCAGAUCAUCGAACAGUACCACCAACACCACCUCCACCAUCUCCAACAUCAUCAGCAACAUACCCACCACCACCACCAACAUCACCAGCACACGCACCAGCUCCAUCACCAAAACCUCCAGCAACCCCUACAGCCUUUGCAUCACCUCCAGCACCAAGCCCAGCUGCUCCACCUGGAGCACCAGCAACACCUUCCACCUCAGAUAGAACCCCAGCAGCAGCCACUCCUCCAUUAUACCCCUCUGGAGCAACCUGCGGGGCCUAUAUGGGUGGAAAUGGAGCGGAGGGGAGCUGGCAUGGGAGCAGACCAAGGCCAGAUGGAAGAAAUGGGGAUGCCCGCUAUGGACAAACCUGGAGGGGAGAGCAGCGGAGCGGUAGAGAGCAAAAGGAGGGAGAAGGGGGAGCGAGGAGGGGACAGGGGAAAGGCAGACGGGAAGAGGAAAGAUUGCUUUGCCUAUAGCGGUGGGGGCGGGAGUGGUGGCAGCAGCAGCAGUAGCAGCAGCAGCAGUAACACGGGCAGCUCGUCCAGCGAAUCCGAGGUGGAGCAGCAGGACAGGCAGAGACAGAUCAACCAAUGGAAUCUGAAAAGGCCCGGCGUCAUGGAGGUUAACCCUGAGGUUGCUAAACGACAGAGGAACAACACCUGAAAGGAUCCUUAGGUCUGUAAGCAACCAAAAAAAAAUAGAAAAAUAAUAGAGCGUCGAAAAUUAGUCACCCGGGGACUUCACUUUCUAUACCCUUCUCCUUAAUCUUCUCCCAUGCCAGAAAUGAUUUCAAAGCUAAUACACUGAUGACCAAAAAAAAACAAAAACAACAGUUGGGUGUCCAUCCAUCCACCAAUUAGUUUAAUCUAGCAGAGAAAAACAAACUUGUGUGUUCUACAUAUUAAACAAGACCUUGGGGGGGGGGAUAUGAGUGUACAUCUUUAGAUGACAGAGCUCCAGUUUGUAAAUUGUGAAGGUUUCGAGCAUUUAGGUCAUGGCCUGAAGGCUUCAAAGUGGGUACAAGACUGUACAGCCCUGGUCCACAGCGCCCAUGUCUUUCCUAACCUGGUUGCCAGUGCACAGGCCUGGGAAAUGUAGUAUACUGUUUGUGUGUGUAACUAUAAAACAGAGAUUUUUUUUUUUUGGCAACCUUCAUGUGUCUUAUUCUCUAAACAAGUGUAAUAUCCUGUAUUUUUUUUGUCUGACUUAUUUACUUUCAGGACAACAAUUUUACUUUAACCUUAAAGGAUGCUAUCAUAUUUUGGAGUGUUAUACUUGUCUAGUUGCUCGCUGUUUGAAAAGACUGUGCCUCUUAAGUACGAUCUACAGUAUCUACCUUUCAUACCCUCGACAUCCAGGCCCCUUCCAGGGUAUCCCCCCCCUUUUUCUCCCCAAUUGUAUCCAGCUAAUUACACCCCUCUUCCAAGCCACCCCAGUCACUGCUCCACCCCCUCUGCCGAUCCAGGGAGGGCUGCAGACUACCACAUGCCUCCCCCAAUACACAUGGAGUUGCCAGCCGCUUCUUUUCACCUGACAGCACGGAGUUUCGCCAGGGGGACGUAGCGCGUGGGAGGAUCUUGCUAUUUCCCCCAGUUUCCCCUCCCCCCCAAACAGACACCCCAACUGACCAGGGGAGGCGCUAGUGCAGUGACGAGGACACAUACCCACAUCUGCCUUCCCACCUGCAGACACAGCCAAUUGUGUCUGUAGGAACGCCCAACCAAGCCGGAGGUAACACGGGGACUUGAUCCGGCAAUCUCCGUGUUAGACGGCAACGAAAUAGACCGCCAUGACACCCGGACGCCCCCUUCCAGGGUAUUUUAACACAUCUGACUGCCCCUUUGUGGGUAUUGGGAGGAAUAAUUUGAAAAGUAGGAAGUGUUCGGUUUUCAUUUGAGUCAAUGGGAAUGAUCAGUUCAGCCAACUUUCGAUUCCACAACCCAGACCAUCUUCUCUCUCCUCUCCCUGCUUGUUGUCUUUUCCUUUCCUUCCUUGCUGACAUUGUCCUCAGUGGGGUUUUGAUGCGGUUUCAUGUUAGGUUUUAUUCUGGAGGGCUUUUUUUUUUUUGAUGCCCUUUUGCAUAGGAAAACUGCAUGACAGCAUGCAUCAAGUUCUCCCUUGCGCACAAGCAGUCUUCAUUCCCAGUGGGCUUUAACUUGGUGUUAGUUCCCUCAGAUGGAGCAAAGCUAAAAUGCCAAGCAUUUAAAAUCGUGGAAGGGGCCUCUUCUGUGUCUGUUCAUAUUCUGCCUGGCGGACCUCCAUCUGCCUCUCACAGCAUAUUUAACCAAUAGCAUGUAAAGUUUAUGUAUUCUGCAUUUUGUAUCUUUGAUAUAGUGUUGUACGGUUAUGGAUGGUUGUCAGUUCGAUGUUUGUGAUGUUCAACACCAGUUUAGUUUGUUUUUGUGUAGUUGAGCCGGAUAAAGAAGCGGUUGUCGUCUUUUCCUGCAUUUUAUUUGAUCAGCUUCUCCGCAUCCAUGAAUGUAUUUUGUUUUCCCUUCUCACGCAUCGACUUUUCUUUGGCCAUGCACUUCUGUUAAACCAAUUUUUUAGGGGGGGGAAGUGUAAAUUAAUAUAUAUCAUAAGAUUUGGUUUUAUUUGAGAUAUAGAUAUACCGACGAUAAAUCUUCAGCUUUGUAAAAUGUUCCAUGGCAAAAUAUAUUCGGUUAUUGUGUGAAAAAAUGUUUGAUUUUGUUUAAAGUGCAUUAUACUUCAUUGCCCUCCAUCAGAUGCCUUUUUGGAACAGAAACCUGUGUCGUAUAAGCCGCCCGUCGGAAGUAUUCAAGAAGCAUGAUGAUGGCCUGAUGACAAGAAAAACCAACAACUUUUUUUUCUUUCUUUUUUUUUAUAAUAGUUUUCAUUUACAAAGGAUGUCUGGUGCUACAGCGAUCACCUCAUGAAUCAAAUCCAGUUGAUGUCAUGAAAAUUUGAGCUAUUUUGCUAAAUGCUGAAGCUUGCUGCUGAAACACUCCCCAGGUCAAUGCUUGUGACCAAAACCAGAGGCGUCGUGCAUGCACUUGCUCCGCAUCCGCAGAUUUCACAAUUAUGGGCCAAUUUCAGAAGGUGUCAUUGAUCCUGUAUCAAUGCUGUCUUGGUCUUGUUUUGUUUGGUUUUAGUUUGUUGUUGUUUUUUUGGGUGGGGGGGUGGCAGGUGUGUAUUUACUGUUCCCUCAAAUUUUUUGUUUUUAUUUUUUUUUAUUUUUUAUAUUUUUUUUUAGCAGACAAGGCUGACCAGGACCCACUCCUUAUUUAUGGAAUUCUAUUUUGGUGAAAAAGAAAAAAAUACUUUUUUUUUUAUCCUUUACAGAGACACAUUUUUGUAUCUUUCCACCAACUGGUAAUUUGUCUUCUAGAAAUUUUUUUUAAAAAGAGAGAGAGUCAUGCUCUUUUCACCAAAUGCGAGUUAUUCCUGGCCUGGAUGCCCUCAGCCCAUGUGUGGAUAAGCCUGUUAGCUUUCGUUGCAGAUGGACAAGGCGUCAUCGGUGGGCCGUGUGCGUGCUGCACAGGUCUGAGCGUGAAACGUGGAUGGCCACGGGGAAGCUUUUGAAAAGCACAGGAGCUCCGUGACUAGAGACUCGAGUCACAUCACAAACAAAACACAUUCACCAUGUAACUUGUUACCAUUUGUGCCAUCCAUAUUUCUCAUAUCUCAAGCUAUACUCAGACUAUGUGCAGUCUCGGGGCAGAGUUGAAUGAAGGACGGAUUAGUAACCACCAUCCAUUUGCAGAACGGAAAGGAGAAUGGAUUUCAGAUGCACUUAAUAUCGCAGUUGUGUGGGACAAAAACACAUAAUUCAAUGGAAAAGUUGUUAGCCAACCACACAUUCGUUACUUGUAUAUUUAAUGCAUUAUUACUUGUUACCUGGUUUUUUAGAGGUUAUGUGCUGCUAUUUGUUAGUACCAGCAGUGUUAUAACAACAGAAAAUAAAAAAUACUAUUAA